CUCUUUCCCUUCUCCCUUCGGGAUCGUGCCGCCAGAUGGUUGAACACAUUUCCUAACGGCCACUUCAAGACCUGGGAGGCAUUGCACCAGGCGUUCAUGCACGAAUAUUUUCCACCCUCCGCCAUGGUAAAAAUUAAGAACUCCAUCCAAAACUUCCAUCAAGCGCCUAUGGAAUCAAUGAGCGAAGCAUGGGAAAGAUUCAAGGAGUUGAAGGUUAAAUGCCCACCUACUUUAGUUGAUUCCGAUAGUUUGAUGUUCUACUUUUACCAAGGCUUAACGGUACCAUCUAAGAAGGAAUUGGACCACUCUUCUAAACUUGGUUCUUUUCUGGAGAUGACACCCGAGGAGAAUGAGGAGUUAGUAGAUAGACUUACGUCGAAUGCUAAAUAUUGGGUGAAAAAGAACAAAGAUGAAAAGGCUUUCCAAAAGUUUCUCGAUGUCAUUGGCCAAGUUGAGGUCAAAAUGCCUUUGGUAGAUGUGUUAACUGAAAUGCCCAAAUAUGGUAAGUUCUUAAAGGACCUCAUGCCUCACAGACCAGCAUACCCGACUGCUACGCGUGUCGAUGUUCACCUGGUGGGUUCUGGCCAGCGCUUUGAGAUGUGGGGUCGUCACCGCUCAUUGACGGAAUAUGUGUACUUAUCCUCGGCAGUUCUCGCCGACUACGGAUACGCUGAAGAGAUGGAGCAGCUGCUACAAGGGACUAGGUGGCAUCGCCUCUUCAUGAUGCGGGCCGAGUCUAGCUUGCCACUGAAGAUCGAGUUCCUGUGCUCUCUAGAGUUGGAGCCAUCUACAGGGUCGAGGUCGAUGAACUUCCAGUCCAUCGACUCUCGUACAACCCUCACUUUCACUCUCUUGGGGCGAGGAUUUCAGCUGACGGUCGCCGAUCUGGCUACACACUUGGGUCUCUACAGUUGGGAGGAAACAUCGGCGCCAGAGUUCGAUGCCGCACCAUACCUUCUCCCCACAGACAUUGAUCCAGCUGACUUCUGGGCGGAACACUCUUCCGAUCCAGACCGUUUCGAGGGCAUGGGCCGAACCAGGUUUUGGAUUCAGCCGACUUGGCGAAUCCUAUCCUUCGUGCUUUCGACAUCUUUCUUUGGGAGGCCGUUGAACAUAGACCGGGUAUACCCCGACGAUUUGAUUGUCUUCUGGAGCCUGCACACACGCCGGGAGGUGAAUGUGGCUGUCUUUGUAGCCCGAUUCCUCUACAGUCAGUCCAUGGGGAAUCGGACGCACAUUGUUUGCGGUUUCGUGGUCACCAUACUCUUCCGAUCCCUCGAAGGGUCGGCACCUAUUCCACGGGCUCAGAUGAUGAUGCGAGAUUUGGAUGCCGGCAUGCUGAGGAAUGCCCACAUCCGUCGAAGGUUGGGAGCUGGUUCUACCGAGAGCAACGCCGCCUCCUCAUCUGCGCCCUCGACCUCAGGAGCAUCUUCGCAGGUCUCGUCUAGGAGAGCCACUCGCCGCCGACCCACUCCUCAGGCCACCCCAGCUACGACCCAGGCUGAUCCGACCCCUGAAUGGGCCAGGAGGAUCCUGGAGCAGCAGGAUACCAUCCUGCAGAGGAUGUCCGAAAUCGGACAGCAGCAGGCAUCCCAGGCGGAGAACUUUGCUCAGCUUCAGAGGACAUUUACUAGCUUUUACUCGGAUGUGCACAUCGGGCUCACCCCACGUUCUCCUGAGGGCGACGAUCCAUCCGCCUCAGUUCCUCCCCCUUCGUGAUCUUCAUAUUAUUUUCUAUUGAGAACUUUUAUUUCUUUUCGUUUAUGAGCAGGAAUUGAUGAUCAACUGGACUUGUUGGAACUUCUUAUUUUCCGCUGGGGCCCACUGAUAAGUAUGACUGAAGAAAUGCAUGGCCAUGCUGAGAUGAGUUUAGACAUCUGUUCUCAUCAGUCAGACUUGUUAAUCAGUAAAUAACUUAAUGGCUACAAGUUGGAUAUUUUAUAUCCCUUGCACUAAGUUAAGACAUUGGGACAAAAGGAUCUACGUUAUACAAAGUCUUAGUCGUAGAAAGAAAAGCUUUGAAGGAGUGGGGAGAGUUUUGAAAUAAAAGUUUAUCCUUUUGAGUGUAGAAAAUUGUUAUAAUAUUUUCUUUAAAAUAUUAUUGAUAUAUUUUCUACUAUUUAAUAUAAUAUACAAGAUUAAAAUUAUCCCUCUUAAAUCUUUAUAUUAAAUAUACUAUUAUAAUCUUUACUAGCAUAAAGAUUAUAGUAGACUCCGGAGAUUGUUCGUGUGUCAAAGUUGGAGGUCGGACGCUUGAACGGCUACGUUUACUCCUUCAACACCUUUUUCCUCGACUUCUCGUUCAUACCGCUUUAUCGGAGAAGGUAUAACUUUCUAUCUCUAGCUAUAGUUUUAGUACGUGUUCUUGGGCUAGUUAUCACUAUUGGGAGUUUAAAUUUUUGUUUUUCCGCUGCCCUCCCAACCGUGGUAACCUUUCAGUGGUAUCAGAGCCAACGUACAAAACUAUAGUACGUUUUUGUAGAACUUUUUCGGAUGGAAAUUAUUUUUAACUUGGUAAUUAUUUGUUAAUCUCGAAAAUUAGUAAAAUGAUUUAUUUUAG